CAGUUACUCAUUUUGACUUUGAUGAUAGCAAAUUCUCCUUCAACCACACGCACUCCAACACAACACUCACUCUAUGCAACUCUCUCAGUUUAUCUCAAUGACUAGUACUUGUAUUCAAUUUCAUUGCAAAGCUUCCAACUUUCUUGUUCCUUCACAUUUUCUGGGUUCCUCUUCUUUCUUGCAGAGUCCCCAACCAAACCCACCACUAAGAAACAGAAACCCCAAGAGUUAUACGCACAGAAGGAUUAGCAAUAGAAACAGAAGAGGUGGGGUUGUCUGUGGUGUGCUAUUUCCAGUUGAUCCAUGGGCACCCAACAUUGAUUCACAGAGCAUAGCUUCACAACUCUUUGCAGCUUCUUUGUUUCCCUACCUUGGUUUCUUGUACUUUAUCACCAAGUCCAAGACUGCCCCAAAGCUCACUCUUUUUGGGUUUUACUUCUUGCUAGCUUUUGUUGGGGCAACCAUCCCUGCAGGAAUUUAUGCAAAGGUGAACUACGGCACUUCCUUGGCGAAUGUUGAUUGGUUACAUGGUGGGGCUGAGUCACUUCUCACUCUAACCAACAUUUUCAUUGUGUUGGGGUUGAGAGAAGCUCUGAGGAAAGCUAAAGCAAACGAAGGAAUGUCAGAUCCUGUUCCAGGGUUGAAAGAGGAGAACAAAACUUCUGUUUAGGUGCACAAGACAUAUUUUGCUUUGUGUUCAUUCCUAUCGUGUUUUACUUCUCUAUUAGCUUUUGGUCUUUUACUCUUUCUCUCUGCUUUACAACAACGCAAUAAAUGUCUAUGCCUAAUAUCUCUGCAGUCUGUUUUGUGAUGUUCUCCUGGGAGACCAUAAUCUCUCAUUCAAUAGAUAUAAAGUUACAACCUUUUUGUUAUUA